AAAUGAUAAAAAACCUACAUAGGACUGUUAUUAUUAGAACAUCCAAUAGUCGUAAACAAUCAACUUCAUCCAAUGAUUCCGAUAGCACUUCAACUAGAUCAGAAAUUAAAUUUAAAUAAUCAACAUAUAUUUAACAGCCUCUUUAACCUUUGAAAGAGGUCAGCGAGCCUAAUACUCCAGAUACUUUGAAAAUUCCACAAAAUUAGAAGGUUUCUUCGAGAAAGUCGAGAUUCUAAAAGCCUGCACUCGAGAUCAAAUAAGACAGCAGUUCCUCUUCCGACUCAAGUUCAGAUGCAUCAGAACAUAAUAUUUGGAAUGAUGAUGAAAUACUAUUGAAGGGAGUUCAUUUAGGAGAUUUCUCAUAUUUAUCACCAACAGAUGAAUUGCAAAUGCUCUACAAAAUACGAUUUGAAACUUACCCAAAAAAAAAGGAGUAGAUCUCAGAGGAAUAGUUGGCAUUAGAAACAUAAAAAUUAAUCAAUAAAUUGAAACUUCAUUAUUUAAAAUAUAAAAAGAUCCUGCCUCUUGAGAAUCUCAAGGAUUAUACUUAGUAAUACAACAUUAAUGAUGAUUUGAAUUAUAUGAGAUUUUGGGAUUAUUUCAGAGUUAGGACAAACCAUAGAAAACACAAACAGCUUAUCAUGCCAACAAAAAACACUAAAGAAAAUAGAAGCCAAUAGCCCUUAAAUCCAACAAUUCGAAGUCAAUAGCGAAUUAAAACUGAAUAUAGAAUUAAGAGUUUGAAUACAAGGAGAUUAUGA